UCCCAAAGUCUUGAGAGCUCGAGCAAGAAAAUUUGAGGGAACUUUCCUUUUCCAUUCACGCGUAAGUAAAUAAAGAGACUUCCUCGAGAAUUAUUCCCUCGUAAUUCUCUAAUUCUCUCAUAUGAUACCCUAAAAACAAUCUUUAUCUGUUGAUUUGUAUUUGAAUUUUAUUGAAUUAAGAACCCAUGGCCUCCAGCGGAAACAAGAACAUCAACUCCAAGCUGGUGCUUCUUGGAGAUUCUGGAGCUGGAAAAUCCAGUCUAGUCCUGCGAUUUGUAAAGGGGCAAUUUAUUGAAUUUCAGGAAUCAACUAUUGGCGCUGCCUUUUUCUCACAAACAGUGGCUGUGAAUGACACAAAUGUAAAAUUUGAAAUAUGGGAUACAGCUGGUCAGGAGAGAUAUCACAGCUUGGCUCCAAUGUACUAUCGGGGAGCUGCUGCGGCUGUGAUUGUGUAUGAUAUCUCAAACCAAGAAUCCUUUGAGCAGGCCAAAAAAUGGGUUCGGGAGCUUCAAGCACAAGGAAACUCUAACACGGUUAUGGCGCUUGCUGGGAACAAGGCUGAUUUGUUAGAUGCGAGAAAGGUUCCAGAAGAGGCAAGUUAUUUUUUCUUCCACUCCUUUUUCAGUUUUCCCUUUUUUGAAAAUUUUCUGUUCCAAUUAAUAUAUAUUGAAUAAGGGUAAUUGGCCCAAAACACCCCUAUCUUUUCCAUGUUUUAUGCAAAUUGACUCAACUUUCAUUUUGGCGCAAUACACUUUCAAAUCAACCAAAUGUUGUGCGAAACAACCAUGACAUCUAAUUCCUUUAUCAAAGCCUCGUAAAAUGAUGAAUUUAUCUUCAUUCUUACAUAAACAAAAGAAAAGAAAAAAAUAAAGAAAUAAGUGCCAUAAGAUCCCAAAUUUUCAGACGGAGUAAACGAGAUCCUAUUAAAACAAUUUUUUUUUUAAAAAAAAAAAAAGCAAAGAAAAAUUAAAAAUUUAAAAAAAUCUCUUUCUUUUCCAGCCAACACUACCUACCCUCACCCAACCCCCUUCACCACCACAACCAUUACUCUCCUUUCCUCUCAAUUAGAGAUAUAAAAGAAAGAGUAAAUAAAAUUCAUUUUGUUCUCUAGCCAACCCACAUCCAAACCUCUAGCGUUGAUAGCUUCAACUCCGUCCACGACCCACACAUGAGAGCACCGACAACCGCCAUCUAAAACAUUAGAACAAUUACCA